CCGCGGCAGGAAACUGCGUUCGCGUCGUCUACGUUGGUCUACGUCGUAAUUGUUCAGGAACGACCAGGGGUAGCUGCGAGAGCCGCUGGAACAGUAGCGUAAUCGCGUACCGAGUGGUCGUGAGGAAGUAGUGUGCGUGACGACAGCGGUUUUUAGAGCAGACGGUGCUAAAGAGUGCUAAAGAGAAUCGACAGGAGGAUACAUAUACGCGUGCAUGCGAUGUUAGUCGUUCGUCGACUGAACGAAUUCGCGCGACGUGUUGCACCAUUUUCCUUUCCCCGUGCGUGCGUCCCCACGCCACGCCGAUGUGAGUCGGACGAUCGUCCCGGGCUACGAUAAAUCACGACACAUCUAGAUAUUAAGCCACAGAGGUAGCGCACGCACAGUCAGCAUCAUGUUCUGGACGAAUAAUUACGUGUCAUCGCCGCAUAUCGAGGCAUUGCUCAACAAAGAGGAUGUCACACUUCACGAAUUGAUGGAUGAGGAGGACAUCCUUCAGGAAUGCAAGAGCCAAAACAAAAAGCUGGUCGAAUAUCUUACAAGGCCUGCCGUUAUGGAAGAAUUAGUUACGUUAACUAUUAAGGAACCAUCCACGGACAUCGAAGAACGUUGGCGUUACAAGUAUCCUAAUGUUGCCUGCGAGUUGCUCACAUGCGUUGUGCCUACAUUGAAUGAGAAACUGGCAGGUGACGAGGCACUUUUGGCCAAAUUAUAUUCUUUCAUAGAUACAGAUCAACCAUUAAAUCCACUACUUGCAUCAUUUUUCAGUAAAACUAUCGGAGUUCUUGUUGCUCGUAAAAGUGACCAGAAUUGGUAUUCCUAUCAGUUCACAUGCUUACAGGUUUUAGAAUUCCUUAAAAGUCGUCAGAGAUGUGUAGAUUUGUUGUUGCAACAUUUAGAGACUUCGGCUAUCAUGGACUUAGUACUCAAACUUGUUACUCAGGUUGAGGGCAGUGAUAUGCGUCAAAACAUAUUAAAUUGGCUAGAUAGUCAACAUUUAGUGCAAAGACUGGUAAAAUUGUUAGCACCUACUUCAGAAGUAGCCAAACACGCUAACGCGGCACAAUUACUUUGCGAUAUGGUGACAGUAGCUAGAGAAACUCAACGUACAUCCACAGAACGUGCUGAUCCAGAUCCUAUUUUAAAUACUUUAGAAUCAGGAGAAACUGUGAGCCUAUUGUUAGAAACUAUCUUAACAGCAGAAAAAGUAGAAAGUAGUAUUGUCGGUGGAAUACAAGUACUUUUGGUACUUUUAGGUCAAAGGGCCAGCAACACAUCAAAUGAAGGAGAUGUACAUGGUAAUAGCGAAGACACUACGGAUAAUGAGCAGUGUAUUAAAAUUUCGAAUGCUACCUUACCAUAUUUGGAACAUCUUCACAAACUUCUUCUAGAGCCGCCAUAUGUAAGAGCGACUUGCAAACAUUAAAAAAAAUAGUAUAUAUAUAUAAAAUUUUGUCCAUUCUAAUAUUAUCUUCCCAUCUACAUCUUGGUCUACCCAAUAUAAGUGUAUGAAUCAUUAAGAGUUUUUAUUAUAUUGUCUACUUUUGUUUAUUCUUAAUCCAAAAAUAUAUUAUAGGAUCUGUUUUUCAAAUAUACCUGGAAUAAUUUCUUACAUACGCAAGUACAACAGUGCCUGGCCUUAGCUAUUAAUUGCGGACAACGGGAUAAUGAUAUUAUUUAUAAUAAUAUAUUUAUCAAGUGCAAAUUAAUAGAGAGAAUCUUAGAAGCAUGGGAUAAAAACGAGAGUAAACAAAACAAAGAAAAUGGUGUUCGUCAAGGCUACAUGGGACAUUUAAUAAAUAUUGCGAACAAUAUCGUCACUCAGUGCGAAAAAAAUAAUAUACUGACCAGCUUCUUAAAGAACAAUGUAUCACCCGAGUGUCUUACUAGAUGGGAAAAUCUUGUGAGUGUACAGUUGGUGGAAAUUAAUAAAAUUCAUCAAACUGUAAUGAUGGGUGAUCAAACUCCCGAUGUGUACCUGAUGAGUUCCGAGGAAAAUCCAAAUGAAUACAACUCUUACUCGCAAGAGACAUACAUUCAACAGAUGUACUCCAAUUAUCAGGGUCAACAAAUAACACCUCCGUUCAUCGAGAAUUUUGGAUUCCACGAUGAUGAGUUUAACGAUGGUGAUGACGCACUUCAUAAUCCAGUUGACCAAUUAACAACGUUGGCCUUUAAUCUCAGUGAAGAAGAUCUCGACAAGCGGGAAGAUAUGUUCAAUAAGCUGUGCCAACAAAAACAAAAAGCCGGGCUUGAGGAUUGCGGCAGUGGCUUAGAAUGGGGAGAUGAGGGCGAGCUGACGUUCCAGACCGUGGUGGACAAGCGAGAUUGGCAUUCAAAGCAACAACAUCAGGAUUCUAGUUCAUCGGAUGAUUCUAAUUCGUCGGAGGAUUCUAGUUCGUCGGAAGAGGAACCACGUAACAUGAAUAUGGAAGUCGAAACGACAGAUCCUUGGAACAAUACCGAACCACCGAACACUAUACUUCCACCAGUCAAUCCAUGGGAUGUGGCACCGUCGGAACCAAUAGAAUCUACUGGUUGGGCCAAUUUCGAAAAUUUCGAAAAUACUUUGAGUAUAGAGAACACCGUGAGCGAAGAGAAAAAGCCGUGCGAUGAACUUAAAGAGAAAAUAUCAGAAGCUACAGCUGUAAACCUAACGGAAAAGAAUGUAACUUGUAGCGAAAGUGUUGGAGAUGGUAACGAAAAGAGCACAGACUAUGUAGAUAGUCAAGUAGUCGAGAUGAAGUUGCCAGCUGCGGAAAUUGAUCUCAAUGAUAGUAAAAGUGAUGAGCACAAGAUGAUUUCCGCGAAUGAGAACGUCAAUAGCGAGUUAUUGGUCAGUAGAGAUUUUAAGGACACGGAGCAAAUCGAAACAGUAAAGGACACAAAGAACGUAGAGAAUGAAAAGUCGUCAAUUGAACAAGUUUCAGCCGCUUUGUUGGAAAGCACAUCCACUAGCACUGUUGACGCCAUACCGGUGCCUAAAGACGCUAAAUGAAACGUUCCCCCCUGCCUAUGUUAAAUGAUCUAUGGUAAUAGGAGGGGGGAGAAGGAGAGAGAGAAUCAUAUCAGUAUCGAGUCGUAAACGGUUGAUCGGAUGCAUAUUGCGCCUUCUCUAUUUUUCAUUAGACACCACGUUAAUUAUGCUUUAAGAAAACGUUGAUGGGUACAUUAUGGUCCCGCUGCAGGGUAUCUCUUAAAAUAAAUCCGGAAUGCCGAAAAAUGAUUGACGCUCAACUACACUUAGCGAAUAAUUUGAUGUUUAUUAUAUAUAGGUAUAUCCCAUCCCCUUUUUACCUCACCCUUUGAAUGGCCAACAUCUAUAAGUAUCCUGCGAAAAUCAAGUCCUCCCUCUGUCCCAUAUAUUUUACAAUUAUUGUUAAGAGUUUCGUAAAUUGUUAUUUAUACGUAACUGAUAACUGAUUUCUAACAAAGUGAGUGAAGAAUGGAGAGAACAUAAAUCGCAACAUUUUUGUGCGAUACAUAUAGACAAUUUGUAAAGAGAGAUGAUGGAUAAAUUUCGCAUCCGCUUGCUCCACUCGUGACAUUUAAUUUUUUUACACAUAGACGGACAUACACACACACAGAACAUUUACUAUAUGUUUAUAUAUUAAAAAAGCGGAUGAGAAACAUAAGAGAAAAGAGUUAUCGUAACGCUGUUUAAUAUUAUAUAAGACCGGUAUUUCACAAACUGGUGCUUUUGCUUAUUCCUUCGAUAAGGCAAAGGUACUUAGGUGCAGUGCCUACUGUUUAACUGAGUGUACGUUAGUUCAACGAUACGAUACGAGCAGAAAAAAGGAGGAGAGAGAAAAUCGAGAGUAUUUUUAUUACCUUUUGUCGUAAUAAUCAGUCGAAAUUUGUACAUGAUAUUAUAUUAAUCGAGAGCUCUUUACGAACUUGCGCACUUAUUUGCAUUCCGAAAUAACAAAAAAAAAGGAAGAUUUAUACAUACCUUUAAGCGACGUUAAAAGUCUUUCAUCAAGAUCUUCCAGAAGUGAAUAGUUAAAUUGCAGGAACUAAUGUCAAAGCGUCGCGCAUACUUCGAUUGAGCUACCUUAUGUAUAUCCAUCAUUCUUCGAGAGAUCAUUCUAUGAAUUGUGUUACCUGAUUGUUCCACGACUUUCUUCUGCCUCGCAGACUUUGCAGCAGCAAUGUGUUUAUAGCGUUGUACACGAGAUAUUGUUCAUAAUUAAAUGAAAAAAAGCUAAUAAAACAUUGUUCUAAAUCCUAAGAAAACACAAGUGUCACAGCAUUACUAGUUUAAUAUCGAAAUUUAUAAAUUGUGUACAUCGUAUUCUGCGUUUUCUUUACGUUCUAUAUUUUAUAAGACAUAUAAUUAAUAAUUUACUAUACAUGUCUAUCCCGAGAACGU